AUGCCUACCACCCUGUUUACAGUGCACGACCUCCGGUUGCUCCUCGACCUCGAGCACCCGGAGCCGGACAUGUGCGCAAAAGACGCCAGUCAACACUGUGAAGUACACUGCCGGUUGCCCGGUGCAGAGCAAGACAUGGACUCAAGCAGGAGCUUGUACGACCUGUUAGCCGGGGCGCCGGAGAAGCCUCAACAACACGUCUCCGAUCAUACAUCUAGCUUCGGUGAGGUCGCAACGUCAGACCCGGCAUGA